AUGUCUGCUCGAGAACUUAUCGAACGGUAUUUGGACCAAGUCUAUACGCGCGAAAAUCCCUCGAUUGAGCUCGUUCGUGAUUGGCAAACGGUAUUGCACGCCGGUGCCAUUUACCCGGUUCAUCUGUGCGGGGCAAACUGCAGCGACGAGACAGCGACACUUAAAGUCUACGGAAAACCAAAGCUCAAAAGAUUCCUUCUGCAGCUGGCAGAUGGUCCGGAAAACACCACAGGAAACUUUCAACAAGGAAAUAGCACCUUUGCCUUCUAUUUCAGACCCCAAACCGUGUUGAAUGCGCUUGACGACUUUUUUGACGAGGAAUAA